GGAUAUAAAUCCAAAACUUACAGGGACAAUGAUGGUAGUAGUGGUGGUGGUGUAGUGAUGAUGAUGAUGAUGGUGAUAUGUUUUAAUCUAUCCACUGGUCUCUGCUGCGUGGAACACAGAGUAUCACCACAAACAUUUUGCUGUGGAUUUCAUUCAUAUUCCUCGUAUUUAUUCUGCUUCUCCUGAGCCUUUUCCUCUUCUUCUUCUUCUUCUUCUUCUUCUUCUUCUUCUUCUUCUUCUUCCUGCUUUCGACCAUGUCCAGUACCAAACCCAGGCAGUGUCACAUUUUGGAACCAGAGAAAAAACAGAGAACUAUGAACAAUCUCACCAUAAAAGAAAUCGAGGAGGAGAAUGAAGAUAGUUUACCCUUGGAGGAGAGUACAGAGACUGAAAUGAACAUUAGUGGCACGUGUUCACUGCUGGAUGCCAAUGAAACUGAGGUCAAAUUAAAACUGCUAGGGACAAACAACUCCGAUAAACCAAGGCAGACCAGACCCAGCGGUAGUGAGAAAUUUAACCAUUCCAUCAAUUCCGAUAAGAAGAAGAAAGGAAGUAAGAAAGACUCUUUGGAUGCAAACGUCCAUACACUCAUGGACAACAGCAUAGACAGUAAUCUUACUAAAGAAGGCAUUGACAGGAAUGGACAUCCAUUAAGUGAAUUCGACCUAGUUGCAACUCUCCCUAACCUAGAACAUACUGGAUUUAAGAAAACCUGGGUCGACUUUGAGCUCUUCUGCAAAUCCUUCAAUAAUCUCUGCUAUUACCAUAAACCGAUGCUGUAUCAGAACAAUAUAAAAGUGUCUGACAUUAGGAUGAAUUCCGCUCUUUUAGAUGAGAAAUCAACACAAUAUUUAUGUAUCCUUUUGAGUCAAACAAUUGGAAAAAAAAAAAGAGACAAAUUGAUGUGUAUGUAUGUAUGUAUGUACGUAUGUAUGUACGUAUGUAUGUAUUUGUGUGUCUGUGUUUAUCCCCCCCACCAUCGCUAGACAGCCGAUACUGGUGUGUUUGCAUCCCCUGUAACUUGACCGUUCAGUAAAAAAGACCGAUAGAAUAAAUACUAGGCUUACAAAGAAUAAGUCCUGGGGUCGAUUUCUUCAACUGAAGGUGGUGCUCCAGCAUAGUCGCAGUCACAUGGCUGAAACAAGUAAAAAGAAUAAAAGAAUAUCUGUGGAGUGCUCAGCCACUUGCACAUUAAUUUCGCAAGCAGGCUGUUCCAUUGGUUGGAUCAACUGGAACCCUCAUUGUCGUAACUGACAGAGUGCCAUAUAUAUUAUAGACACCAGAAUAUUGCCUUCACCCACUGGUUAAGACAUGUGUCCCAUUUUGAAAAACAUCAUCCAAGAUGGAAAAUGAAAAAAUAUUUGUUACAAUGUAAGGAGGCGAGCUGGCAGAAUCGUUAGCACGCCGGGCGAAAUGCUUAUUGGUAUUUCGUCUAUCUUUAUGUUCUAAGUUCAAAUUCCACCGAGGUCGACUUUACCUUUCAUCCUUUUGGACUUUACCUUUCAUCCUUUUGGAC